AUGUCAGGCCCCCCCAAAAUCCACACCAUCGACUUCGAUCUGAUCUGGGACAAAAUCGCCAGAAAAGAACCCCAUGCAACAGGAUGCCGCAAAUACCCUCCUCUCCACGUUGUCGGGCCCCUCUCAGAAGAACACAAGAACACCAUCAUCCUCCUCCACGGAACAUCUACCGAUGGCCCCUCCUUUGCAUCCUCUCUUCUCCAUUUCAAAUUCCCUUCCGUCCUGCUAUAUUCCAUGGGAGUCUUUGAAACAAGUCUGCCUCAACGAUUUCCUCACACGCGAUUUAUCUUCCCGACCGGUGCGCCGCGUGAAACGACUGUUUUUGGUGGGAAAGUGACGAAUGCCUGGUUCGAUAUCCAUGAUUUUAGCGAUCGUACGAUUGGCGAACAUGAAAGUGCAACGGGAAUGCGUGAGAGUUUUCAUUUCCUCUCAAAACUCGUUGAGUGGGAAUACGGAAGAUUGAAGCGUGUCAUAAACGUUGAGAACAGGCACGACGACAACGGAAAAAAGGAAGUACCAAAGGUUGUGAUUGGGGGUUUUAGUCAGGGGGCUGCAAUGGCACUCAUCUGUGCUUUGUCACGGGACGAAAAUAUCAAUCUUGCCAGGGCCUGUUGUUGUCUGAGUGGUUGGUUGCCUUUUCGGCGGCAGAUAUUGGAGGCUAUGGAGGAGUAUGCUUUGAAGGGCGAGGGUUGGAAAGCCUAUUCCAAGAAAGUUGGGGAGGCCGCUGCGAAUACCAUUCGAGGAAUGCUUGGGGCCCCAAAGGGUCUAAGAAUGUUCGGCACAGACGAUCGUAUUGAAUAUCUUAGGGGAAAUUUCUUUCUGGCGCAUGGGAUGGCGGAUGAGAAAGUUAAGUAUGAAUGGGGAGUCGAGGCGAGAGAUGUUGUGAUGAGUCUCGGGGCAGAUUAUAUGUUCCGUGACCCACCUGGAUCUCCCUUUGGGUUACCGAAGAACGAGCUGAAAGUCAAGUGGGUUCCUGAGGAGGGUCUGGGUCAUUGGUAUGGGGCGAAAGAGAUGCAGAAGUUCGUCGAGUAUUUGGAACAACCAGAAAUUCUUGGUUGACACGUCCACAAGCUGAUACAAUUCGUAUAGCUGUACUAUAGUUUUAAUGGUGCAGAGAUGUUGUUCAAGUAUAUUUUUGUACUAUGCUAAUGAGGCUGGUGAGAAGCAAAGAAAAAAGGGAUUCUUAUCAAAAUUAGCUGAGCCAUAAGAAGAAACUACAACAAGUCCACGGGGGAAGGUCCAGUGGGUAGCCCAAAGGGAAUUCCAGUAGCAAGUCCGAAGGGGAGCCCAAAGGGAAUUCCAGAAGCAAGUCCAAAGAGCAGUCCAAAAGGAAUUUCAGAAGCAAGUCCAAAGAGCAGUCCAAAAGGACGUCCUAAGCCGGACGAGGGCGAUGGAAGAGACAAGGCCUCAGAAGCAAGCCCGAAGCAGACGCCCAAGACUGACGAAAGUGAGAAGUCUCCGGUCCCAAGUCCUAAGGGGGAGUUGGUUGGGAACAGAGGCGAGAAGAGCGGUAACUAUACUUCUUCUGAGGAUGACUCGGAUGAGGAGUACCUUGCAAUAAAAAGAACGCUUGCAGAGUCGAUGGCGGAACGUAUCAAAAAGGGAGUGGACGACUAUGAGGCGAUGCUGAAUGGAGUAAGAAAAGUCAAAAUUUUCCCCGAACCAGAGACCCCUAUCUUUAAAAUUUUGCCUUCCCCGAGCUCACCAUUCGAGCUCUCAGAAGUCUCAGAACCUCAGAACCUUCAAAGCCCUCAGACGAGGAUGACGAGGAUGACGAUGACGACGAGGAUGACGAGGAUGGCGAUGAUGAAGGCGAUGAUGACGAUUCGGAUUAUAAAGGAACCAAAGCUGGCAAGAAAACAACACCAUCAAUGACAAGGACUACUCGGACACAAAAGAAGACUGUGAAACCCCCCAGUCCUAAAGAACUUACAGAUGAAGAUAAAGCAUCAAUGGAAUUUCGUCUCAACUCGAAAGAAAAGGACACUUCUGAACCAGAAGGUCAAUACUAUUUAUACCGAUAUAAAAGAAAUCUUUGGAGGCAGGAGGCACUUCGUGCGAACCCUGACGCUGAUAUUACUGAUAAAGCGUAUCGUCGUGCCCAGGAUCUGCCAGUUUAUGGAGAUGAUUUCGAAUUUAAUGAGCGUUUUAUCAUGCACGGAAAGGCCUAUGGGGUUAAUUACGAUGAGUGUAAUACAAGACAUCCAUAUACUGCAUGGACAAUGGAAGAAAAGCGAGCGAUGAAGGACAAUACUGUUAAGGAGGGUAACCUCAUAGAUCAACAGGAAGAGAAAAUCGCGAAGAAGUUUGGAUCUAGGAACCCUCCUGUGGCGACUCCAGGUGUUAGGGAUUUCCAACGUGCACUAAGAUUAAAACGAGACGGUAAAGAACUCACCGAAGACCAGAAGUAUAUCUUAGAAAACUGGGUUGAUGUUUAUAUGGACCGACAGGCUGGCAUUGAGCAAGAAGAGCUGAUUGAAGCACACGAGGCCAUUACCAGAGGAGAAAUUGAUCAAAAGUUGCAUCAGUUGGAUAUUGACGACGCCAAAACUUUACAAGAGAAAGCGUGGAAUGACACUGCUCAAAGCCGGAAAGAACAGAAAAGGGAACGCGCGGAAAAGACUGCAAAGUAUGAGCAGGACCUCCAGCAAAGGGAAGAAGAACGAGAGAGAGAGAAAUGA